UGGGCUGGCUCCUCCUAGAACAAUUCAGGCUUCACAGCAAUUCAGACCUCAGCUCCAACAUCUACAUUCUGAAGCAAGGAUGGCUGAGAUGGACAGAAUGCUUCAUUCUGGAAAGAAACGGUGUUCCAGGUCGAGCUGAGUUGGCCAAAUACAGACCCCCUCUACUGUUCUAGAAGAAAUUUUGGCAAGUCUUAUCAUGUGGUUUUUCUACACCUUGAUUCCAUGUUUGCUCAUUGAAACUAAUUUGAAGCUGUGACAUUCCCCUGAUAUGAGUUCAAGUGUCAGCCUGUCUAACUACCUCAAUCCCAGAUGGAGUGGCCAUCCUGCCUGCCCCUCAGAACCUCUCUGUACAAUCAACCAACAUGAAGCAUCUCUUGACGUGGAGCCCGGUGAUGGUGCCUGGAGAAAUAAUAUACUAUUUCGUUGAGUACCAGGGAGAGUACGAGAGCCUGUACAUGAGCCAUGUCUGGAUCCCCAGCAGCUGGUGCUCACCCACCAAAGGUCCUGAGUGUGACAUCACUGAUGACAUCACUGCCACUGUGCCGUACAAUCUCCGUGUCAGGGCCACCCAGGGCUCAGAGACCUCAGCCUGGAGCACUCUGAAGCCUCCCUUCAAUCGAAAUUCAACCAUCCUUACCCCACCUGGGAUGGAUGUCACCAAGGACGGCUUCCAUCUGGUUAUUAAGCUGGAAGACCUGGGGUCCCAGUUUGAGUUCCUUGUGGCUUACUGGAGGAGGGAGCCUGGUGCCAAGGAACAUGUCAAAGUGGUGAGGAGCAGGGGCAUUCCGGUGCACCUGGAAACCAUGGAACCAGGGGCUGCAUACUGUGUGAAGGUCCAGACAUUCGUGAAGGCCAUCGGGAGACACAGCCCUUUCAGCCAGGCAGAAUGUGUCAAGGUGCAAGGAGAGACCCUCCCCCUGGCGCUGGCCCUGUUUGGGUUUGUUGGCUUCAUGCUGAUCCUCGUGGUUGUGCCCUUUUCCAUCUGGAAAAUGGGCCGGCUGCUCCGGCACUCCUGUUGCCCCGUGGUGGUGCUUCCCGACACCUUGAAAAUAACCAAUUCACCCCAGAAGUUAAUCAGCUGCAGGAGGGAAGAGGUGGAAGCCUGUGCCACUGCCAUGCUGUCUUCGGAGGAACCCUUCAGGACCUGGAUCUAGCAGGCUUUGGAAGGGCCCAGUUGAAACUGAGAAGCUGGUUGGCAUGGCACAGAAAUAAGGAAGGGAAAGGCUGUGGAUCAGUUUUCCUCCACGGACAAAGGACAAGAAAAGCAAGAAGAGCCUGCUGGGUCCAUGUCUAGAAGCGACAGUCAGAAGCAGAGUGGUUUGGCAGACAGAGCACUGAGUUGGGGUGAGAAGACGUGGCCUCUUAGAACUGCAUCUGUCUGCCAUUCACUGACCGAAUGACCUGGAGAAAGUGACUUGAAAUGGGGGAAUUCACUAUACAACCGUUAAACCACUAUAUAUGUAUGUAUAUGUAUAUCCAGCACUUGCAGAGCUUUGGGAAGCUGGCAACACUGUACAUUGUGAUUGUUUCACCUUCUCUGCAGAAUAUAACAAGAGUAUAACAAGAAUGAUAAAAACUCUUCACAACGGCUGGCUUGGAGAUCCCACUUUCCUAGAGGAAACCUUGAAGAGGAAAGGAAGGAUGGGCACAACAGUGUUGACUUCGCUUCCAGCCAAAUGCCUGUGCGGAGGUGAAUGGCUCAGCCAGCUCUACAAUACAUGACCUAGAGGGAGGCCCCAGGCCCAUGGAAAAUGGGAUGCUGUGGAUUCAUGAGAUACUGUAAAGAGUAAAUAAUAUGUGCACACUAAAGGCAGGUAAAAUGUACGUGUACGAGGAGAAGAGAAUGCAGGAGGAUGUCAAUAAUGUGUGAUGUUUGCUGUGUUCCCUUUACCUGUAGAGUUGUUAAAGUAUAGAAUUAAAAAUAAAAAAGGGUCACCUUGGUAAUCUUUUUGGCUUCUUACAAAAAAAGUGGUCUUUGGGGUUCUAGUUACAUUAUCGACCUUGUGUCCAGAGAGGCUCCUGAAGACCACCAUUGGUCAGGAGUUGUGGGGGUGACCUCAGGUAGGGGAUGGGACAGGGAAGGAGAGCAGGCAGCUUCUGGCUUCAUGAGAACCCUGACCGAUGCAGCCGGCCACAGCUUUACCUGGUCAGGGUGAUCCUGGAUCUUCCUGGAGGCCUUGCUCUACAGGAAAUCCCUUUGGGUACCUCUCCUGCCUAAGACAGCUUCACUCAAGGUGCCCUCAGCCCCUUCCAGCAUGUUCAUCCAUGACUCACCUCUGGAAGCCUCUUCCUGCCCUUCUCCCUACCAGGUGAGGAAAAGAGUCAGGGUUAGAGAAGGAAUAAAGAGGGAAGUUUCUUGAGAAGUAAAAGGUUUGAUGGGCAAGACCUGUGCCUCCCUUCUUAGCCCCCACCCCCUCCCAGCUUUGGAGCCUCAGAGCUGGUUUGUCUCCAUGCCAAAUUCUUGGGCACCUUCCAGCCAGCCCAGAGGUGGGGACAAUCUGUUUCAGCCAGAUAGCUUCCCCUACAAGAUAGAGGCCUACAACCCCCUCUCCACCCGGUGGGGUCUCAAGUAGCCAGAGGUGGACUCUCCAGAAAGAUGACAUUACAGAAGAUCUUUUCCUUUGUACCAUUUAUAUGCUUCUGUGUUGUUUGACUCUUUCAUGAAGAGUAUGUGUUGAUCUUAUAUUUAGCCUAAAUUGGAGACAUAUUUUCAGUUUGUAAAAAUAAAGGCCAUCUUACUCUACUGGU